AUGAUAUUAAUAAUUAUAUUUAUUCCUGUAUGUGUUUCUGAUAUACCAUAUCUACUUCGUUCAUAUCCUAGUGAUUCCAUUGUUAUACAAACAUCCUUUACUGAUGGUCCAUGUGUAGAAUCAACUAAAACAUUAUCAUUUCUUCAAGGAACAGACAAUGCAUCGUUGUAUCACAGUGAAUGUUUUCAUAAUUCAGACGAUUCAAGUCUUAUAUGUAAAUUAGGUCUUGGAAAUGCUAGUUUAUUACUUAAUUUAGAUAAUUAUCCACUUGAUAAUAUUAAUUUACUUAUUCUAUUUGUUCAAGAAUUUUCCUCAGACAAACUCAUACCUCGUGUACUUGAUUUAUGUUUUAUAAAUCGUUUUGGUAAAUCAUUACGAGAAUUAGCUAUAUGUGGUUAUCAACCACCUCUUACUGGACUAUCAAAACAUAAGUAUUUACAUAUACUUGAUAUACCAGCUUUAGCUAUAGUUGCUUCAAAUAUACAAACAUUACUUAUAAGUGGUGUUAAUUUAUGGCAAAGUGUAGAAUUGCGUCAAUUUAGUUCGUUAAAACAUUUACUUAUAAUACAAGGUCGUACUAUACAAAUGAAAUAUUAUCAUUCUCCAUUUUGUGCUGAUUGUGAAGGUGCACAUCCAACAGAAGAAUUUUCAUUUCAUUAUCUUAUUCCCUUAUCAUCUCAAUUAACUUAUUUUCUUUAUGAUUCUCCUUUGGACUAUAAAUCAUGCAAAUAUGAUUUACUUAAAAAGAUUCGAUCAAGUUCAACAAUUUCAACAUUUAUCGUAGCUUCAAAUACAUUUUUUAAUAAUUUAAAUGAGCCAAUAUGUCAAACAUGUGCAAGUGGUUUAUGCCCUUUAUUAUCUAUAUGUCUUGAUGAUAAUAGUGUUGAAGAACGUCGAAAUAAAAAUCAACCAUUUGAAUGUUUAUGUGUUGAAGAAAUAAAAGUUGAAAAUGAAUUUCUAUUAUGUAAUUCAAUGUCAUUACAUCAACCAAUGUAUUCAACAAGAUGUAAUCAUACUCCAUCAUUUUGGAAAUAUGUAACGCGAUCAAUGAUUAUUGUAACAAUAUAUAUUUUAUGUUCAAUCAUUGUUUUUAUUUGUUCAACUAUUUUCCUUAUGAAAACAAAAUAA